GCUCACACUUGUACUCACUAGUUGCGUUAGUCUGUUAAGCAACGUCGUACUGUUAAGAUCGUUUCUCUUCAGGCGACAUGCACUUCAAUAUAAUUUUGGCAUUUAUUGCCAUUUAUGGUUUAAGUGUUUCACAAGCGGGUGUCGUUAAAACAAAAACUCAUCAGCAAAAACAGCCCUGGAAAUUAAUAGAAGCAAUUAGAGCAACUUCACAGAUACGCGGCUUUAAUGGGACUUGGAUAACAGAUGAUGAAUUUUAUUACACCUCCACCGAUAGAUCAAUUCACAAAUUUAAUGCUGCCAACAGCAGUGACUCGAUCUUUGUUACCUCCGAUUUUUUGAAUAUUUACAAUCACAGUAGUUCCUUUAAAUUAUCGCCCGACAACACCAAGAUUCUAGUACGUUAUGAUGUUGAGGAGGUCUUCAGACAUUCUUUCAUUGCCAAAUACGAUGUAUUCGAUAUAGCCACCCAGAGGUCUAUACAUAUACAUAAUGGUGAAAAAUUGCAAUUUUGUGCUUGGUCCCCCAUUAAGGAUCGUUUGGCCUAUGUCUACAAUAACAAUGUUUUUAUUCACUUUGGAGAAAAUUUGGAAGUACAAAUUACAUCGGAUGGUAUUGAUGGUGUUUUCUAUAAUGGCAUACCCGAUUGGGUUUACGAGGAGGAGGUUUUGAGCAGUGGUUCUGCCAUGUGGUGGUCAGAUGAUGGCAAUUAUUUGGCUGUGGGUGUUUUCAAUGACACCAAUGUGGAAACCUUUAAAUAUUUCCUUUAUGGUGAGGCAAACGAUCCAGAGUAUCAAUAUCCCAAAGAGGUGGAUUUGAAAUAUCCCAAACCUGGCACCAAUAAUCCGGUGGUGGCCUUAAGAGUUUUCGAUUUGAGCAUUGAUCCCAGCUAUGUGACAAUUAGGGCUCCCGUGCAGGUGGUGAGCGAGGAUCAUAUUUUACAAAGUGUAGCCUGGACUAGUGAUCGCAAGUUAUUGAUCACCUGGUUGAAUAGACGUCAAAAUAUUGCCAGUCUACAGUUGUGCAGCGUGUCGGGUGGAUGUGAGGAGGUGAAACGUAUUGAAGAGCCUAAAGGCUGGGUUACCAUUGGCAAUCCCAUAUGCUUGAAGCAAAGUGAAAAUUGUCUAUUUAGCUACUGGAUUGAUAAUUGGUAUCAAGUUUGGAAUUUAGAUUUGAAAACGGGACAAAAUAAGUGGAAUUCUUUGGGAGAGUUCACGGUGUUGAAGGUAUAUGGUUAUGAUGAGAGCAAUGAUAAAAUUUACUACCAGGCCACCUUAAGUUCCGAUCCCUCCAUUUAUCAUGUCUUUAGUAAUAAAGAUUGCUUAACCUGUAACUUGACUGAUGUGGAUGGUGAGAAAUGUCUUUCGGCUUCUGCCUCCUUCAGUAAAAGCUUUUCCUACUACACUGUUUCCUGCAGUGGACCCAAUCCCAGUUUCACGAAAAUUUUCGCCACUAAAACCAAUACCGAAGUGAAGAACUGGGAAGCUAAUAGCGCCUUCCGCGCCAUGCUAUCCACAAAACUUAGACCAACAACUGAUUUUAUGAAAGUUCCUUUGGCUGAUGGUACCUGGGGUAUAGCCAAGCUGCAAUUUCCUCCCAACUUGGAUGUCAACAAAAAAUAUCCCAUGAUUAUCUAUGUCUAUGGUGGUCCAAAUUCGGUGAGAGUUACCAAUAGUUUUGGUGUGGGCUUUGAUGCCUACAUGACCACCAAUCGUCAGGUUAUCUAUGUGCAAAUUGAUGGCCGUGGUACGGGUAACAAGGGCAAGGAUUUAUUGUUUUCGGUCAACAAUCAUUUGGGUGAAUUUGAGGUAGAAGAUCAAAUUCAUGUCACAAAAUAUUUACAAAACAAAUUCGACUUUGUGGACAAAGAUCGUUGUGGUAUUUGGGGUUGGAGUUAUGGUGGUUAUAUGACCGCCCGCACCUUGGCCAAUGAUACCGAAAGAGUUUUCCAAUGUGGCAUUUCAGUGGCUCCAGUAACAUCCUGGUUAUACUAUGACACCAUCUAUACCGAACGUUAUAUGGGUUUGCCUUCAGAGAAUUCAGAAAAAUAUUUGGAUACCAGUGUCUUGCUGCAAGUGGAAAAUUUCCGUAAUCAUGAUUUCAUGCUGAUUCACGGUUCGGGUGAUGAUAAUGUCCACUACCAACAGUCCUUGAUGCUGGCCAAGGUUUUGCAAGCCAACGAUAUUUUGUUUGAGGAAAUGACUUACACCGAUGAAAACCAUUCCAUUGGCAAUUUCUUGCCUCAUUUGUACAACACUAUGGAUCAUUUCUGGAUUAAUUGCUUAAAUUUGGAUGUUGAGGAGGAGGAAGACUAAUUUAAGUUUUUAAGUUUUAGUCUUAUUUUUGAUAAAUAUUUAUAGUAUUUCCUAUUUUCCUUGAAAUGUUUAUACAAUUUUACACUUAAUUAUUUAAAUUUUUAAUUAUAAUUUAAUGCUAAAGUAAAGAUGAUAUUUUGUAAAGUAAAAA